UAGAACAAAGUGUAAACGUCAAGAAAUGGCAUCGUUUUUAAAUUUGGGAACCAACCCAUUUUCAACGCCUGUAGGCCAAAGAAUUGAACAAGCAACAGAUGGUUCGAUGGCCACAGAAAACUGGGCAUUGAAUAUGGAAAUAUGCGAUAUGAUCAAUGAAUCUUCCGAUACAGCUCGUGAUGCCAUGAAAGCCAUACGCAAACGUUUACAACAAAAUGCUGGAAAAAAUAAUCAAGUUAUUAUGUAUACUUUGACAGUGCUGGAGACAUGUGUCAAGAAUUGCGGUAAAGCCUUUCAUGUGUUAGUGGCCCAGAAAGAUUUCAUACAAGAGUUGGUUAAACUUAUUGGUCCUAAAAAUGAUCCCCCUUUGGUGGUGCAGGAAAAGGUACUUAAUCUUAUACAAGUUUGGGCAGAUGCCUUCAAAAAUCAACCGGAUCUUAAUGGAGUCACACAAAUGUACAUCGAAUUGAAAAAUAAAGGUAUUGAAUUUCCACAAACCGACAUUGAAAAUAUGGCUCCGAUUUAUACACCACAACGAAGUGUACCAGAACCUCCGCCACCGCAAGCGGUGCCUCAACAGGCAGUUUCGCCUCAGCAUGCCACUAUGACAGCUGGAAUGCCGAAUACCGGCUCAAAUCAGCUAACACAGGAACAAAUUGCUAAAUUACAUUCUGAAUUGGAAAUUGUUUCAAUGAAUAUAUCAAUUCUAGGCGAAAUGCUCACAGAACUAAGGCCAGGCCAAGAAGAUCCAGAUGAUUAUCAAUUGCUUAAUGAUUUAACAGCUACUUGCAAAGAAAUGCAAUCACGUAUUGUUGAUCUUAUUGCUCGUGUUACCGACGAUGAAUUAACCGCAGAAUUAUUACGCAUCAAUGAUGAAUUGAAUAACAUGUUUUUGCGUCAUCAACGUUAUGAAAAGAAUCGUGCAACUACUACAAAUAUGACUUCUCCAUCGGCUGUAUUGGGCGCUGCCAUGGGUGUACCCACUUCAAAUGCACCAGUAUCGAAUAUACCAGCUGCUGAACCAAAAUUAUUAGAUUUUCCCGAAGCUAAUAAAGAUGAUAUGCUAAAUAGUUUUAAUCGUUUGGGUCUAAAUAAUGCAACGAAACCCAGCAACAAAGAUGCUGAUGAAUUUGAUAUGUUGGCACAAUCUCGCACCAAUGGCAACAAGUAA